ACUUCCCACCUAAACAAAACCAAACACAAGCCAGAGAGCGAGCGCAAGAGCCAGAAGGAAAGAAGCAUGGCGGGGAGGAGACGGUUAGGCCAACCGUUUUUUUCCUCCACCUCCUCCACUCUUGGCGCCAAAGCAAAGCCGUUAGAUUAUUGGUCACCAUCUCCAACCCAACUCGGCUCCUCUCUCCCACCAUUUAUCCUUCCCAGAGAAAAUAAACGCGCCAUGCCAACGCCCCUUCUGCCUGCCUCCUCCGCCCCACCACAAUGCGGCCGCCUUCUUCGUCGACGUCGGCGACGCCGGGGAGCAGCGGCGGCCGGGUGUCGGCGUUCACGAUGCGCGCGGUGGCGCGCAUGUCGAGGGCGCGCUGGUUCAUCUUCCUGCGCCGGGUGUACCAGUACCAGAACGGCCCGAGGUCCGACCUGGGCUCCAACCCUUUCAACUCGCCCGGCUGGCUCGCUCUCGAGCUCGCCGUCAUCGUCGCGCAGAUGGUCCUGACCACCACCGUCGUCGCCACCUCCCCCAAGGAGCGCCCCGCAUGGCCGCUCCGCCUCUGGGUCGCCGCCUACAACGUCGGCAACGUGCUCAGCCUCCCCGUCCUCUAUUGGCGCCACCGGCAUUCCUCCGCCGCCGCCGGCCGCGCUGGUGCGAUCUCGGGCGACCCCGAGAUGCACGGCGCCAACGACGCUCUAAGAAGCAGCUCGUAUCUGAUGAACAAGGCGAGGGCGUUCCUGGAGCUGUUCUUCGCGAUGUGGUUCGUGAUGGGCAACGUGUGGGUGUUCGACGCGCGGCUCAGGUCGUUGCACCGUGCGCCAAGGCUGUACGCGCUCUGCAUCGGCCUGCUCGCCUGGAACGCCGUCGUCUACUCGCUCCCGUUCCUCCUCUUCCUCCUGCUGUGCUGCUUCGUCCCCAUGGUCGGCUACGCGCUCGGCUACAACAUGAACUCGGCCUCCGUCGGCCGAGGCGCCUCCGAUGAGCAGCUCGCCGCGCUGCCGCGGUGGCGGUUCAAGGAGCCCGACGUGCCGAGAGACCGUGAGCACGACGAUCAAGAGUGCUGCAUCUGCCUGGCGCAGUACAGGGAGAAGGAGGAGGUGCGGCAGCUGCCGUGCACACACAUGUUCCACCUGAAGUGCGUGGACAGGUGGCUGAGGAUCAUCUCCUCUUGCCCUCUCUGCAAGCAAGAGCUCAACUGAUGUGUACUUGGCUCCUUAUAUAUACUGACUACGCUGGGUGAUCAGUGGAGCUUGCACUCUAAGCCCCGGAUAGGCCGGAUGCGCUACCUACAUAUUCUGCGACCGCCGGCCGUCGCCCGAUGCAUGCGUCGCACCUCUCGCCGAAACUUCGACAGCACAUUUUUUUCGACUAACUUCGACAGAACUGUACUAACCUAGAUGCUGGCAAGUGAUGGGUACACUUGCAGUAGGUUACAAAUAAAAGAAUGUGUAAGGAGAAAAGGUUUUUUUUUUUGUGUAUUGUGCUGUGCGUGCCCUUGCUUUACAUGAAACUGAGAUGCAGAUAUAGUUUUUACGCAGAGAUCACAUGAGUAUUAGCAGGACACAAAGUUUCUUGGUAACUUCGUUUUUUCUUUUUGGGAGUGUCUACCUAAUAUUCGACUAAUUUAUUUUGGGACUGCAGAUGACUUUUGGGACCAAUAGG